AUGGAUGCUGCUCUUGCUACUACCAACACAAUGACCGGAGAAACCACUGUUCCAGUUGAAAAUAUCAAGACCACCACUACCGAAGAAACAACUCCAACUACUGCUGAAACUUCCACCGCUGCCACCACAGAGCUCACUUCCGAGGAAAAGUCAGUUUUUUCUCCUGAAGAAUUUUAAUCAAAAUUGGUUCUUAUUUCUAGGGCUACACAAUCCGAAGAACAACUUGACAUCUGGAAAGCGUCUUUUGUUGAGAAGCGAAUUCAGCAAGGCUGCCGAUUAUAG